ACUGUCAGUUGCCAGCGACAGUUCGAACUGUAAAGACGUUCAGAUCGGGAAAAAAAACUAAAAUAGAAAGCAAAAGGGAAAUCUACCCAACAAAAUCUUAAAGUUCUUUCAAAUUUAAUGAAUAUUAAUUUCCAUAUUUAUUAGUGCUAAAAUUGUAAUUCCGCAAGUUUUAAAUUAAUGGAAAAAGUUGGUGUUUCAAAUGAAUCCAUGAGAUUGUCGAGCUGAUGGUUAUGCAAUCGCUCGGCAGAUUCGAAAGAUUCUAGAAAUCGAACAAAAUUUAAGUGCUUCAGAAACGAGGAGCUGCUGAGGAGCUCUAGUCUCUGUCUAUUGAUUGUGAAGAACCCUGAAAGUGGCUCAGCGAAAUGGUGGCACAAAUAUUCCUGCUGGUAAUUUGCUUCAUCUGCCUCAAACAGUAUGCCAAAGGGGAAUUUCAACAAAGUUUAGCCAUCACAGACAUUCUCCCAGAGGACAUUAAACGCUAUGACAAGAUGCGACCACCCAAGAAGGAGGGACAGCCCACGAUAGUUUAUUUCCAUGUGACUGUCAUGGGUCUCGACUCUAUCGAUGAGAACUCGAUGACGUAUGUGGCGGAUGUAUUCUUUGCCCAAACCUGGAAGGAUCAUCGCCUGCGUCUGCCCGAGAACAUGACCCAAGAGUAUCGGCUGCUGGAAGUCGAUUGGCUCAAGAACAUGUGGCGUCCGGAUUCCUUCUUCAAGAAUGCCAAGUCGGUCACGUUCCAGACCAUGACCAUACCCAAUCACUACAUGUGGCUGUACAAGGACAAGACGAUCCUCUACAUGGUCAAGCUGACCCUCAAGCUGUCGUGCAUCAUGAACUUUGCCAUCUAUCCGCACGACACACAGGAAUGCAAGCUGCAAAUGGAGAGCUUAUCCCACACCACAGAUGAUUUGAUCUUCCAAUGGGAUCCCACGACACCUCUCGUGGUGGAUGAGAACAUAGAGCUGCCCCAAGUGGCUCUCAUACGCAACGAGACAGCGGACUGCACGCAGGUCUAUUCUACGGGCAACUUCACCUGCCUAGAGGUGGUCUUCACGCUGAAGCGACGUCUCGUUUACUAUGUUUUCAACACCUACAUACCCACCUGCAUGAUUGUGAUCAUGUCGUGGGUGUCCUUCUGGAUUAAGCCAGAGGCUGCCCCGGCCAGGGUUACUCUGGGUGUCACCUCCCUCCUCACACUCUCCACGCAGCACGCCAAGUCGCAGUCCUCGCUGCCGCCCGUCUCCUACCUCAAGGCCGUGGAUGCCUUCAUGUCCGUGUGCACGGUGUUCGUUUUCAUGGCCCUCAUGGAGUACUGCCUGAUCAAUAUUGUGCUGAGUGACACGCCUAUACCCAAGCCCAUUGCCUAUCCGCCCAAGCCAGUGGCAGGGGAGGGCGGGGCCAAAAAGGAUCCCGAAUCGGGUGGGGGCGGAGCUUCCGGUAAUGCUGCGGGCAGUAAGCCCACAAUGCUGCCUCUGGCCGAUGAAAAAAUGGAGAAAAUUGAAAAGAUCUUCGAUGAGAUGACCAAAAAUAAGAGGAUUGUGACCACCACACGACGCGUGGUACGACCGCCGCUGGAUGCCGAUGGUCCCUGGAUACCACGCCAGGAGUCGCGCAUCAUACUCACGCCUGGCGUUGCUCCAGCGCCACCACCGCCGCCGCCGCCAGUGGAGCCGGAACUGCCCAAGCCCAAGCUGACGCCUGCCCAGGAGCGUCUCAAGCGGGCGAUCUACAUUGAUCGGACAUCGAGGGUGCUCUUCCCGGCGCUCUUUGCCAGCCUCAAUGGCAUCUAUUGGUGUGUGUUCUACGAGUAUCUGUAAUGUGAUACUCCCCUACUGUCCCUCUCCCUCCCUCCCUCCCUCUCUCUCUCUCUCUCUCUGUACAUAUGCUCGCUCUUAAACGUUGAUUGUUCGCAUAUAUAUCGCAUAUAUAUCUGUAUCCAGUAUAUAUAUCUGUCUCUUAACUCGUAAGCUUUCAGGCGCACAGAAGCUUUAAGUCGUGAAUGAAUUUUAAAACAUAGACAAAUACAAACAAAUAUUGUUGGAAACACUCUGAAUAUAUUAAUAUAACUAAUUAUUAAUUAUUAUUAUAAUCGAUAAACAAAAACGACAAUUCCUGCAACAAGCUUAAAGGUUCAGCGAUUCCAGUUCCAGUGACGUUGUAGCUGCUGUAGCAUUAAGUGCAAAAAACGAUCAAUUGUAAUUAAUUAAUGUCUCAACAAACAAAAUGCUUUUAAUUGUAAAUAAAUAGACAGAA